GCUGACAUCACGACUGCCUGCAAACACAGGGAGAAAAAAAAAAGGGCAGACUGAAGGUAUUUGAUUUUUUUCCCAGUCCAGCGAAAGGAACGGACAGAAGUGGAAGAGGCCAGAAGCAGAGGGGGCCGAGCGUGCCAUUGUUCGUGCGGGGCUCUUUGUUCUGCCGUGCGGGAUCGAGCGGACCCCAACGAGAUCAUCAGCGGAGUUGUAUGAGACCUGAAGGCAGGGCGACGUGGCAUGAGAGCUGGCCAGUGACACCACACCUGCCUCGCUGGGAUAAACGCCGGCUGGCAGCGCACGGAAUGCCACUGCUUUGUGGCCGCCUCAGCAGACAGGUGAGAAGAAUCUGGACAUAAGCGGGACUUCCCUGGACCAGGAGGCGUCCUGGACGAGGAGCACAAGGAGGAUAAUGAGCGAGGUGGCCUCACAGAGGGAUGGCGCCACCACGGGCCGAGCAGCAGAGGGCGCACUGGAGCCGCAAAACAGCAGCAGCACGGAGGGAGACGGCAGUAGGAGCUUGUUGGAGAGGCUCCGGGAACUCGAGGCUGAGAACUCUGCCCUGUCUAUGGCCAAUGAAAGUCAGCGAGAAGCGUACGAGCGAUGCCUGGACGAGGUGGCUAACCAUGUGGUGCAGGCGUUGCUGAACCAGAAGGACCUGCGGGAGGAGUGCAUCAAGCUGAAGAUGCGCGUCUUUGACCUCGAGCGCCAGAACCGCACCCUGAGCGAGCUCUUCCAGCAGAAGCUGCAGGUCACCGCCGGGUCGCAGGUGCAGGUAAUGUCGGAGUCCCUUUUAGAGCACCCCUCGGAACCCCCAGUCCCCGGCCCGGUGAAGAUCACAGACCCCCUAACAGAGGCACAGAUGCAGUUUGGCGGAGAGAAAACGAGAAGCGGCAGCCAUGGUCCCAAAGCUCCCACCUCAUCCAUGGAAGCGCUCUCUCCUUUCUUCAAAAAGAAAGCCCACAUCCUGGAGGUCCUGAGGAAGCUGGAAGAGAACGACCCACUCAAGUUUCACCCGUCGUCUGGCUUCUGUCCUUACAGAGACUUCAGCCAGUCAAACCUCGACCUUGACGGUCCAGAGCACGUUAACGGGGAGGACCCCGGCACCGAGUAUGCCAGCUGCCAGUCCUGCCUGAAGUUUUCGCACAAGGGUUUGGACGGCCUCUUCAAGUGGAAGCAGGAGACCAGCGAGAGCUCAUCGGCCUCGAGUCCAACCAAAGGCGAGAAGGUGGGUUUGGAUCCAAGCGGCCCCACGAUGGGCGACUUGCCGAGCAGCUCCGCCGACAUCGCUGAAGAGACGCCCGCCGAGCUGAAGCAGAUUGUGAGCACCAAGUCGUACCUUUACAGUCUGAUCAGAGAGACGGAGCCCAAGUGCUCGCUGGGCGGAGGGUCGGUGGAGUCGUGUCUGGGCGAGGAGAGCAAGGCCUGUGAUGGCAUCCUGAACUUCUCCCUGGAAGGGAAGUUUCUGGGUCCGCACUGCCACACCCAGACGGGCCCAGCCUUAAAUGAGUUGGUCAUAGCAGAUGGCCUAAAGCACGUCAAGGCGGUUACUUAUCCCGGUUUUAGUGCUGAGAAUUACCUUCAGGUGGAAUGCAGCCUUCCAGAAGCCACCAAGAGCAGCUUGUAUGCUUCCACCUCGGGGGGCAAACUGGACAGCUCCUCCGCAGAGCAAGUGUGCAACGGUCUCUUCUUCACUGGAGACGCGUGCUUUGCGAAGAAGGCCGAUUCGUUUCUGUCGGCGGGUUCCGCCGAGAAGAGCAACCGAUCUUUCCUGCAGCAGGCUUCUCAGGGAAAAGCCAAAGUGAUUCCCAGUCCCACGUCUCCAUGCGGAAUGGUGGACACAAAGUCCUCCCCCAUCUCCUCUCCUUCCAAGCUGCUCAAGUUCCUUAAGAUCUCCUCCCUAGGGGAGCGGGCGCAGGCGGCAAACCCUCUGCGUCUCAGUCCACAGCUGACGCGAAGUUCCAAGAUUCCCUGCAGGAACAACAAUUACGAAGUCUACCACUCGCCCGUCCUGAGCCGCAAAACUGUUCCCGUGGAACGUGACAGGCCUGUGGCCGCCUGCUCCAAGACCGACUCCUACCCUGCCACCCAUUCUGCCCCGACCUCCCCACCGAAGCCGGAUGUGCCGCCAGCCCCAAACGGGGAGCUUGCCUACAGCAGCCAUUCUGCCCCCAAGCCUACUGGCCGCCUUGGCUCCAGCCAUCUCUCCAGACUGGGGUCCGAAAUCCAGCCUUUUAGAAGUUGCCAAAAAAUUCCUCACUACGAGAAUGUGUCUGACAUCUCUAGCUUUGGCCCCACCGACACUUCAGCACGUUUCCUCGACAGGCUGCACCAGGCCACCUUCUCCGCCUUCGGGAGCUCCGAAAGUCUGACAUCUUCCCCUGGUCCACCAAGCUCCACGGAUGGCAAACGGGACAGUUCACCGGCGGGUGAGCCGAGUCCUACUCUCAUUGAUGAGACUGCUGCCACCGUGGAUGACCGAAGCACGUAUGCCGAGAACUUGGCGUGGUACAAGAUGCAUGGGCCUCAGGGUGACUGCUUGUAUCAGGCGUCCAGCGAGGACGUGGGGCUGGAAGACAAAGCACAGAGUGAUGGGUUGGCCACCACUGUCUCGGAGGUCUCUUCCUCAUUGCACAAACGGUCUAGCAAAGCUAUGGGUGACACGGGCCACCUCCCUUUCAAAGAGCGCUUGGCAGCGUUGGGGAAGUUGAAAAGCACAGAAGACUUGCGACAGCAUCUGGAGUUGGAUGCCCAGUCCUGCCCGGUCAGUCGGGAGAGGAGCAAAACCGCCGAGCGGAUGGGGGACAGGAGCUCGGUGGGGUCGGACCCCCGCCACGUGAAAUAUACAGACUCCAUGGACAGCAAGCCAUACCCCAAAGCUGCUCCCAAGCCUCAGGUCCCCGAGUUUGGAGGGCGUUCCCUGCCGGGCGCCCCCACUGCGCCCAAAGCCACCAAUGACGCGUACUGUUCAAAAGCAUGCACAGCAAAGACCGAAGUGACCAAGCACAAGGCGGGCGGUCCGUCCUCUACCUCCGUGGCAGACUCCUCUCAGGCGCUGAGGAACUACGUCAAGUGCUCCAGCGCUCCUGUCCCCUCACAUGGCAGCAGAGCCACGGCCACCAGUCCGCAGGGAAGUCCCACCAAGGUACCGUCCAAGUCUCCAUUGAAAACCCCAACCAAGGGUGGGCGCCAGGUCCAGGAGGAGCAGAGGCCUUGUGCUUCCCAGAAACGAAGUCCCAGGGCCUGUGCCUCCUUGGAGGAUAAAGGGAAGAGUCCGGCACAUGGUGAGCGGAAGAAGAACCUCGACGGCCUCUCAUCGCCAGCCAAAACCGCUCAGGUGGAGUCUCAAGGUGACCAGAGCACGCAGUCUGCCAUCGAAGAAAAGGUGAUGAAAGGCAUCGAGGAGAACAUGCUGAAACUGCAGGAGCUGGACAAGGGUCAGGUGUCUGAGGUCAAGCAGAAGGCCUCCAAUGGCAUCGCCAGUUGGUUUGGCCUCAAGAAAAGCAAACUUCCAGCUCUGAACCGCAAGCCGGACAUGCCAAAGCCCAAGGAGGACAAAAAGGAAUGGAAGCUCAACGUGUCGUCCUCCUCCUCUUCCUCCAGUAAAGACCCCAAAGUGGCGGUGGCCAAGAAGAAGCUAGAGGCUGAAGGCCUCAACAUCUCCAAACUAAUGGAGAAAGCUGAAGACCUGAGGAAGGCCCUUGAGGAGGAACGAGCCUUCAUGAACGGCAUGGCCCUGGAAAAGACCGGCCGGGGACAUCCAUGCAACGUGCCCGUGGAGAUGCCCACCGUCUACCGAGAAGCAGCCUCGGACACCUUCAUGCAGCAGCUCCUAAACAGGGUCGACGACCGAGACGCACCCUGUGACAAGGAGCAGCGAUGUCGGCGUCUGUCCUUCGAUUCCAAGAAGUCGCGACCGCUUUUCAGCUCCCAACGGAACGGAGUGAUCAGUCACUUGAAGGUCAGAGGAGACGUCAUUGAGAAGAGUGCUGGCAUGGGAGGUAAAGAUGACGUUACGUCGGAGGAAAGCCUUGGUGAGACAGUCCACUCACAGCACUUUACAGGCUCGUCCACCAGGACCCUGGAUAGCGGCAUCGGUACUUUUCCCUUACCCGACUAUGCCAGCAGUCCUUCUGGAAAGGGAAUCCCUAAAUCAAAGCCACACUGUGAGCCCGAGUCUUCAGGGUCCCCUGCCAAGCACGGGCCUGGUACCAAGAUGCCACGCAAGGCUAGGACCCUGGAGAGGGAGCUGUCCUCUCUGGAUGAAGCAUUUGCUCAGGAUGAGGACUUGAACCCCCAACUCUACAGCACAGUGCUUGACAGCAAGGGCUUGUCCACAAACCACCUGUCCAGCUUUGUCCGAGAAGCUGUAGAUGUCUAUGGUGCUCAUGUCAAAACUCAACCAUCCAAAAAUUGGACCUUCCCGAAUUCCAAAGCCUCCGCAUCCACGACCGACAUGUAUCUGGGAGUGACGUCCGAGCUGGACAUAGUGCACGAUGAGCAGCCGCUCCACCGGCAAAGCACAAAGCAAUGCCUGCCACAGUCGGGACGAGACCCCGACGCAUCCAGUCUGCCUUUACCCUCGUCCCUGGGCUUUGGCCGCCGUUUGAAGAGCCGGACGCCCAGCACAGCGGAGGUGACCAAGGACGCCGUGUUGGACAUGUCCCGUGAGCGCUCCGAUGACAUGAUCUCUCCCAAUCGGCCGUCUGCUCUGGAAACCCCCGAGUCUCUGAGCGACUCCCUUUACGACAGCCUGUCCUCGUGUGGCAGCCAGGGCUAAGUCAGCCUGCUGGACGGAUGGCCGCCAAGUUCUUGGCACUGGCACGGUGCUGUUUGGGCCUACUGUCUGGAGGGUCUCAGCUGAUGAACUUUGUAAAGGGGGGAGGGGUUUGGCCAGCAGCAACUGGAUGGCAUCCAGCACCAGCCUUGGAUCAGGAGACACCAUGCCACUUUGGAUGCUUGGCAGAGCCCGGCAUUCCAGUCCCCGUCAAACAUCAUCACCACCUUCUGAAAGCACAUCUGAACACUCCUCGGAGAUUGGAGCCACGCUGCCCACCCCCCCACCAAACAAAGCUGAUGGCCGCCUGGAGGAACACUUUACUGUAACUCUCCACCGGGAUCAACGAGGCCCAGUGGAGUCAAAGUUUGGGCUUCCAGUGAGAGGACAGCCUCGGUCUUCCUGCCCGCUUCAUGUAUAUAGGAUUUCAAGGUGCUAUGUAAAUCGCUGAGCUCUCCAUCCAUGGAAGCCAUGAGAAAUCGAUGUAUUUUAAUAAUGCACUGUGGCUCGGAUAUGAACAGCAAAUAAAGAUCCUCUCACAGCCA